AUGGCGACCGGUGAGAGGCGACCAAAUCUCAGGUUGCUGAGAACGUCAUUGAUUCUGGACCAAGGCGACACACGCACGACUCGCCAUGGAUACUGUCUCAGGCUGUGUACUUACAACGCGAGAACAGUGUCCACAGACGCUGACCUGCAUGCGCUUCUCGGAGCUGCAGAGCGUAUCAAAUUUCACGUGAUUGCUCUGCAGGGAGACCAAGUGCAGAAGGAGUGA